AUGCGGUCGAAUCAAGGUGAUCCGCAGCAGGCAGCAACAGGCAGCAGCAGCAGCAACACGUCUGUGACUCAGCCGGCAGACAAGACUACAGCUGUAGCGCCAAUCUCGGCUGUAGCACCAACUCCAGUGGUAGCACCUGGCGGUGGUGGUGAUUCUGCUGGUGCUGCCAGUGCUGCUGGUUUCCUCACCACCACAGCAGCAGCAACGUCGCCUGCUGCGCCCCCAGCUGCUUCCCCCCAGCAGCCCAAACCCAAGUACUUCUACGAGAUGGGCAAGAUCCGCAUGAGUAAGGGGGCGGGGGAGAGGGAGGGUGGAGGAAUAAGACUGCGUAUGCAGAGAAUUACAGCUUCGAUACGGGGUCGCUCAGGGCUCUGGACGUCAAGUCGAAGAUCUUCUGCUUCUCCCCCAUCUCUAACACCCCCAUCUGCUCCUUGCCACCCUACUUGUCCCGCCCUCUUCCCCUCACCCCCUUCCUCUCCUCUUUCAGACGGCUUAUGCAGAGGAGUACAGCUUUGCAACGAGGUCGCUCAGGGCUCUGGACGUCAAGCCACCUGUCUGUCUGUCACUCAUUUCAUAUCCGUAUCCCCCUCUCCCCCCUCUCCCCUUCUCCUCUUUCAAACGGCUUAUGCAGAGGAGUACAGCCAUGAAACGAGGUCCCUCAGGGCUCUAGACACGGCUUAUGCAGAGGAGUACAGCUUUGCAACGGGGUCGCUCAGGGCGCUGGACGUCAAAUCCAACGUCUUCUGCUCUGCGGGAGCCAUAGACCCAUAUGGUCGGCUGAUCAGCAUCGGAGGCACAUCAGACGCCAAUGCCACCAACCUGGCCGACCCUCUCCUCGACGGAUCUGCCUCCAUCCGCUCCUUCACCCCCUGCCCCCCUGCUACUGCUGCCCCCGCUGCUGCUGCUGCUAGUAGUGCCAAUAGCAGCAGCAGCAACGGCGGCGGCAGCAGCAGCAGUGGGGGGUGUGAUUUCUCCCUGGUGGGACAGAUGACCUCCAAGCGGUGGUACCCCACGGCCCAGCUCUUACCAGACGGCCGCAUCUUCAUUGUGGGAGGGGCCAACGUGUUUGGCAACGUGGCGAUCAAUUCGGUUCAAAACAACAACCCCACCUUCGAGUUCUGGCCCAGGAAGGACGGAGAAGGCAACUACAAGCUUCGCUUUCUGGAAGAAACUUUGCCGUACAACCUGUACCCGUUUGUGCACCUGCUGCCUUCAGGGCAUCUGUUCAUAUUCGCGGGGCAACGCGCAAUCCUCCUCAACUACACCACCAACACGGUGUACCGCACCCUUCCUCCUCUCGAUGUCUCUCGCUUCGGCCCAGCCAACACCAACAUCUUCCGCUCCUACCCUGUCACCGGCUCCUCAGCCAUGCUACAGCUCUCCUCAGCUGACGGGUACAAGCCCAGGAUUCUCAUCUGUGGCGGCAGCAGCAGCAGUGCAGACCUAACCAACCGGGACAACCGUACGGGGGCAUGCCUUGGGUGUGCAGCCCCUGCCGCAGCCACGUGUGGGCUCAUUGCGCCCAUGGACGCCAACCCCACAUGGAGUUAUGAAAUCAUGCCUGUAGCACGUGUUAUGCCGGAUGCCGUGCUCCUAUUGGAUGGCACGGUUCUGAUCUGCAACGGAGGCAGGAGGGGCUUUCAGGGUCUGAAGCAAACGUAUGCGGGAGGGGAUGUGAGGACACCUGUCAUCUACACCCCCUCUAAUCCUCCUGGCAAGCGCUUUUGGCAGGUCCCAGAGUCGAGUCGCUACGCUCGCAUGUACCACUCCUCUGCUCUGCUGCUGUGGGACGGCUCGGUGCUGAUUUCCGGGUCUAAUCCCAACGACCGCCUCACUACUAGGGGAACUUACCCUACUCAAUUCGCCGUUGACCGGUUUGCCCCAUCGUAUCUGCAGUGGGGGGUGCCGAGAAACGUGCUGUGGAAGGAGAUCGCUGUUCUUCCAGCAGCCGCAGCCAUGGCGUCUCUAGGCGCAUGCGCGUUCCGAUUCGCGCGGCGCUUCGUGGUUUUCUCGCUGGUUCUGGCGUCUCUCGCGUGUAUCGGUCAAGCGAGCGAAGAUCUGGUCAUCGUCAGGGUAGAUCGUAAGAUCGACCUUCAGACCCAUCUUGUCCGCAAUUCCGCGACCCUCAAGGUGGAGAACGCGGGCUCAACACCUGUCUCUUCGGUCACCCUCGCGCUGCUCGUCCCGCCGCCCGGCCGCCUCGCCUUCGCCACAGCCGUUCUCCUUCAGGGCAAGGCCAAGAGCCGCACCUUCCAGGAACUUCCCCUCACUUCCACCACCCCGGACUCCCCGGUCGAAAACGCGAUCUACUUUAAAGCCCAGCUGCCCGCGCCGCUAGAACCAGGGAAAACCGCGCAGAUAGAGUGUUACUUCGUGGUGAUUAACGCCCUCACGCCUCACCCAGCGGCAAUCUCCCAGGCGGACCCGCAGCUGGUGAUUUUCCACGACUCGCACUACUUCACCUCUCCGUACCCCGUCCGAUCGCAGAGCACCGUUCUCCGCCUCCCCAGCCACCAGAUCGAGUCGUUCACGCCGCUGGAACCUUCCAAGAAGGCGGACUCGGAGAUCAAGUUGGGACCGUAUGAGGGGGUGGAGGCCGGAGCGGUGUCGGCGCUAGCGGUGCACUAUGAGAACAACCGGCCGUUCCCGCUGUUUGAGCGCGCGGAGCGGGAGUACGAGAUCUCGCACUGGGGGAAUGUGUAUGUGACGGAGGACUAUCACCUGGUGCACUCGGGGGCGAAACACACGGGCAUGUUCUCCCGUCUGGACUACCAGCACCGGCCCAUGGCCAUCGGCGUGUCGUCCCUGCGCGGACUCAUGGCAGUGCUGCCGGAGAGGGCGCACACGGUGUAUUACAGGGACGAGAUCGGGAACAUCUCCUCCUCGCACCUCCGAUACCCACCCAGAAAGGCCGAGCUGGAGAUCGAGCCUCGGUACCCGCUCCUGGGCGGGUGGUCCGUGACGUUCCGAGUGGGGUACAGCGUGCCUCUGGGCGACCUGGUCUCCAUCAGCACAGACGGCACUCGCAUGCUCAACGCCACCCUCGGCAGCCCCUUUGCUGACGUGCCCGUCAAGCACCUCACUGUGAAGGUGGUGCUUCCAGAGGGCUCCUAUGGCAUCUCUGCGGAUGUGCCCUUCCCCGUGGGCAAGAGCACCGAGACCAAGUACUCAUACCUGGACACGGUGGGGCGCCCUGUGGUGGUGCUGGAUAAGAGGGACGUGGUGCCGGAGCAGGGGAUCAUGCACUUCCAGGUGAAGUACAAGUUCUCAAAGGUGGCUCUCCUCACCGAGCCACUCCUCCUCAUCCUCUUCUUCUUCCUCCUCUUCCUCCUCUUCAUCGCCUACACACACUCCGAUCUCACCAUCUCCAAAACCGCCCCCGCCUACCUCGCCAAACUCCACCACGAGGAGUUUCUCGAUCUCAUCCAACGGCUCUCGCGCCUCGUGGCCGAUCGUGCGGCCCAGAUCGAGUCUCUGGACGCAGGGCUGCUGAAGCUGGGGAGGAGUGGGGAUGUGGCAGGGGCGAAGGCGGGGAGGAGGAAUGUCGAGGCUGAGUUGAAGGAGAGUGGGAGGGAGAUCGCGUCUGUCGUGGGGAAGAUCGAGGCUCUCCCCAAGGUUCCUGCUGGUCCUCUGCGCACUGUGCAAACGCUGGUGGCAAAGGAGAAGGAGCGCGCAGAAAGGGUGGUGGCAAAGCACACCGUUGCUGUAGAGGCAUACGAAAAGAAGACCCCUGCCAAGGAGAUUGACGCUAAGAUCGGCCCGAUGCAGCAGCGACUGGCUGUUCUGAAAGCAGAGAUCAAGGAACUGGUCCAUAUUUUGCCUUUCCCGUCACCCUCGUCUCCCCUGGCCGUCGCCCUAUUUCGCCUCGUCGACCCACCCACCUCCCUCCCCCCACACCACCCGCCUUCGCCCAACACCACACGCCCUCGUGUUCCUCCUCAUACCCGCCCUCCUCCCCCCCUCAUACCCGCCCUCCUCCCCCCCUCAUACCCGCCCUCCUCCCCCCCUCAUACCCGCCCUCCUCCCCCCCUCAUACCCGCCCUCCCCCCCCCCACAUACCCGCCCUCCUCCCCCCCUCAUACCCGCCCUCCCCCCCCCCACAUACCCGCCCUCCUCCCCCCCACAUACCCGCCCUCCCCACCCCCACAUACCCACCCUCUUUCCCCCCACGUACUCGCCAUCCUUCCCCCCACAUACCCGGGACAGAGGAGGAGCGUGAGAGGGGGAGGGGGAGAGAGGGAGGGACAGAGGGGGAGGGACACACGGGGAGGGACAGAGGGGGAGGGACAGAGGGGGAGGGACAGAGGGGGAAAGACAGAGGGACAGAAACAGUCGGAGAGGGAACGAAGGGGAGGGACGGAAGGGGAGGGAGAGAGAGGGAGGGAGAGAGGAGGAGGGAGAGAGGCGGAGGAGAGAGGGGGAGGGAGAGAGGAGGAGGGAGAGAGAGGGAUGGACAGAUGGGGAGGGACAGAGGGGGAUGGACAGAGGGGGUUUGAAAUAUGUCUGCACAUUGCUCACUCCCGUCCUCUCUUCCUCGGCUCCCUCUCAUCCCCUUCUCUGCUUCCCCCCAUCCCCUUCGCUGCUUCCCCCCAUCCCCUUCCCUGCUUCCCCCCAUCCCCUUCCCUGCUUCCCCCCAUCCCUUUCCCUGCUUCCCCCCAUCCCUUUCCCUGCUUCCCCCCAUCCCUCUCUCUGCUUUCCCCCAUCCCUUUCCCUGCUUCACUGCCGCUAUCCCUCAUUCCUCGCACCUUCCCUCACUCCUUCCCACCCUCUCAUUCCUUCCCGCCCUCUCUCAUUCCUUCCUUCACUCUCCUUCCUCCCACACUCUCUCGCUCCCACUCCUCUCGCACUCUCUCUCUCCGUCCUCUCGCACUCUCACUCUCCUUCCCACCACCCUCAGCCCUCCUUCCCCCCACCCUCUGUCCUGUUCCCACCUGCCUUCCCAAUCCCUGCCUUUCCCUCCCUGCCCUGCCCUUCCCUUCCCCAUCCCUUCUAAACCCUUUCCUUCCUUUUCGUGCCCUCCCCUCUCCCCUCCAUCCUCACCUUCCGCCCUUUGGUUCCCAUGCAUGUGCACCCAUCAAUGUUUCUCCAUACAUGCUUUCAUCAUUUGCGCUUGCUUGUACGGUAUCCCUUGCCGUUGUUCCCUUGCACCUCACACCACCUAACCCAUGUUCCUUCACACAAUUCUUUCUGCCUACUCCACUCUACCAAUUUUCAGUGGUGAAGCAGAGGAGCAAGCUGAGGCACAGCUAG